AUGGCUGCAGAAUCUGAAGAAGUGUCUUCUCACGAAGGUCGAUCUGCUGGAGGAGAUAAAAUGUUAAAAUCAAUGAGGUCCAUGCUUUCCUCAAUGCAGAAGACUAUGUGUCAGUCAAUGAUCUCCAGGGAAGAAGAUAGAAAAAAAAGCUUCAACCACCAAACUGAACUAUUUGACAUUGAGAGGCACAUCAAUGACGAACGACACAAGGAAAACUUGGAUGAAUUCGCUUUAGUGAAGAAUCAGCUAGUAGAAAUGCAAGGGUGCAUGAGGAGAAAUGACAAUGAACGACAAGCUUUUGCCAAGAACCUUGACAGGAAGUUUCAAGCUAAGGAAGAUGCUUUAGGCAAUGCUGAAAGUUCUCAACCUCGACCAGUUCAAGGUGAGUCUAGUAGGAGGAAUGAUGGCGUAGCAACCGGGACCAGAUCCAGGCGUGCCCCAAGUUCUGAUGACAAUCCUAGGCCAACCAAGAGAGGCGGUGGUCGAAAUGGUUCCGAGCGCGGUGGUAGAAAUGUUGGCGGCCGGAGUGGGCUGUCUAAUGUUGACCAAGGUGGACGUGGAAGUGUUGCUGAGCGUGGAGGAAGAUCGAAUUAUCAAGCAAAGGAGAAUGCUAAAGCUGAUUCUGAUAGGGAUCAACCUCGAAUCACUCAAGGUGAGUCAAGCAGAAGAAGUGACGGUGUGUCAACCGGCACUAGAUCCAGACGAGCUCCAAGUAACGAUGAAAACCCUAGGCCAACUAAAAGAGGCGAAGGUCGAAGCGGUGGUGAUCGUGGAGGUCGAAGUAGUGGCGGUGGCCGUGGUAGGCAAUCUGGGUUUGAUCAAAGAGGCAGUGCCAGUGGAGGUGAUCAUGGUGGUAGAUCAAGUGGAAGCGGUCGUGGUGGUCGCAUUCUUCCUCCGUUUCUGAAUAUGUUAUCCGGUCAAGACAUGAGUCCCUCGAGUUAA